AUGUCCCGCCAACCCAUAAACCUCAUCUCAGACACGGAGUCUGAAUCUGAAUCUGAUGGCGGCAUGCAACUCGACGACCUAGACCGCGUCGACGGUAUACCAAUGUUCGACAGCAGUGAAGGUGACGGACUUAACGUCGAUGGUAUACCCAUGCCGCGCCCUGGAUCAGAUGAUGAUUGGGACGUGAACGGAGACACGUCAAAUGAACCAGACACAAAUUCACUGGCCGCGCCCAAAACCCCCCUCACAACAUCAUACAACGGCGCCGGCCAAGACGACACAGAACCCCAAACUGCCUUUGAAAAAGAUGCGCGCACGCGCUCGCAUCUCCGCGACGAAAAACACGCCGCACUAGCCGUCCUCAUGGACAGUGAGUUAUUAGUUACAUAUGCGCUUGCCUCACGAGAAACAAUCCCCCAAACCCGCCGACGCUUCCUGGCAAAAUAUCUCGCGCCCAACGACCCAGCAAAAGCAGAAGAAUUGUACGACCCGCGGUUCUAUAUUGCGCCUGAUGGGAAGGGCGGGGAAGGGUCGCUUAUUCGUGGUCGGUACCGGGAGGUUAUUGGGGAUAUUAAUGAUCACAACUGGCAUAAGCCGGCGCAUUUGAGGGCGAUGGAUGCUAAGAAGGCUAGGGGUGGUGGUUCGCGCUCUGUUUCGGGUUCUAGGUCUUGUUCUGGUGCGAAUUCGCCGAGGGUUUCUGGGGGUGUUGGGUUGGGUGCUGGGGAAGGAGGAGGGGCUUCGUUGGUUGGGAGGGGUUUGGGUCAAGGUCGGGGUCGGAGGGUGGAUGAGGAUGAAGAUGAGGAUCUAUGA